AUGCAUUAUGAAGAGUAUGAAGAGAAGCCUCGCCGCCGCUCUCCGCGGCAGACGCCAGCACCAGAACCCAAACCUUCAUCUCUCCGCGUCGCCACCCUCGCAGCCGCCCUGCUCGCACUCCCCGGCCUCCUCCUCUACUACACCGACACCCUGACUCCCCCCGUCACCAUGAAGCUCCCCAACCUCGCCUGCGCCGUCUCCCUCCUCCUCAUCAACCCCGCCAAGUGCUCCCCGACCACCACCUCCACCACCACCAACACAACCACCCCCUCCCUCCUCCCCUUCCUCCUCGCCCCCCUCCCCCUCGGCUCCAUCCGCCCCACCGGCUGGCUCCGCUCCACCCUCGCCCUCUCCGCCGCCGGCCUCGCCGGCCACCAAGCAGACUUUUACCCCUACGUCGCCAACAGCAGCUGGCUGCACGCGCGGCCGCCCUCCUCCAACUCGUCCAACUCCUCCUCCUCCCCGUCCGCCCCAGGCUCCGAGUACUCCCCCCUCAACGAAGGCUUCCCCUACUGGCUCAACGGGCUCGUCCCGCUCGCCUACGCCCUCGACGACGCGCGCCUCAAGGCGCAGGUCGGCGACGCGGUGGGGAAGGUCUUGGCGCUGCAGGAGGAGGAGGGCAGCGGGUGGCUCGGGCCGGAGGGGGAUGGGGAUGGUGCGAACGGCAGGAACUUGUGGGCGCGGUAUCCGUUGUUGUUGGGGCUGGUGGGGCUGGCGGAGGCGGAGCCGGAGACGUGGGGGGAGAGGGUGGUGAGGGGGAUGUGGGCGUUUGUGGGGGGGAUGGCGGGGAUGCUGGAGGAUGGGGGGAGGGGGUAUGUGUGGAGGGAAGGGGAGGAGGGUGAGGGGGGGUUGAGCGAAGAGGAGUUUACGUGGGGGAGGGUGCGGGUGCAGGAUUUGUUGGUUAGUUUGCAGUGGUUGUGGGAGAGGGGGGAGACGACGGCGGAGCAGAGGGAGGUGUUGGCGGGGGCGAUGCGCGUUUUGAUCGAUGGGGCGAUCGAUUGGGCGGAGUGGUGGCAGGAGGGCGUGUUUAUUAAGGAGGAUUUGAAUUUUUUGGACUCGGAGCCGGCGGAUGGGGAGAGGUAUCCGUAUGAGCAUGGGGUUAAUGCUGGGCAAGGUCUCAAAGCACUUGCGGUUUUCCGCCGCUUCACGCAUAACGAUAGCCUUGUCGAUAUCACUCGCCGAGGAGUGGACUGGACUUUCAAAUACCAUGCUGCUGCGCAUGGAGGAAUCCUCGCGGACGAGAGACUUGCCGGUUUGGCGCCGUACUACGGCUCCGAAACCUGUACACUUGUUGAAACCAUGUACUCCUUGAGUUAUCUUUACCAAGCACUGGGCAACAACAGCUACGCCGAUCUGGCAGAAACCAUCGCUUUCAAUGCCUUGCCGGCACAGAUGUCUCCCGACUGGUGGGGUCGCCAGUACGUCGGCCAGCCAAACCAGGGCUUCGCAACCGAGCUGGACGAGAACCCCUUCUACAACGUCCGCGAAUCCGGCCUCCUCUACAGCGUCGAGGCCAACUACCCCUGCUGCACCGUCAACCACCCGCAGGGCCUCCCCAAAUUCCUCGCCAACUCCUUCGCCCGCGUCGGCGACAACGCCAUCGCCCACAUGCUCCUCAGCCCGGCCAACCUCUCCACCACCCUCGCGGGGGGAAAUACCACCAUCACCAUCGCGUGCGACACGCACUACCCCUUCGCCAACACCCUCUACUACACCAUCACCACCAACUCCUCCACCACCACCACCACCAAUCCCCCAACCUUCCACAUCCGCGUCCCCACCUGGGCCGACCUCUCCAACUCCACCCUCACCCUCACCACCACCAACACCACCUCCACCCCUCUCUCCCCCGACCCCUCCACCGGCCUCCACGCCAUCCCCCUCCCCCCCACCGGGACAACGCGCCUCACCUACUCCCUCGCCGCCCCGCUCGUCGUCCUCCCCCGCGCCAACGACACCUUCACCGUCCGCCGCGGCGCCCUCGUCUUCGCCCUCGCCGUCCCGUCGCUCAACACCAGCGCCCACCCCCCGCAGUCGUGGAGCGACGCUUCCGUGCCGCUGCGGGGCGUCGGCGACGAAAACGAAGGUAUCCCGGCCGCGGCGGUCGAUUGGCGCGUCGAGAACGAUGGGUUGUGGAAUGUGGGUGUUGAUGAGGGGAGUUUGGUGUGGAGGUCGGGUCUUGAAGAAGGUGGAGGCGAAGGGGGAGGUCCGUUGGCGGCUUUGCCGGACACGGUGUUUGCGCCUGGGGAGGCGCCGGUGUGGGUGGAGGGGAGGGGGUGCGAGAUCGAGGGGUGGGGAUUGUAUAAGGGUGUGGUGGGCUUGCCGCCGGGGACGACGAGGGCGGAGAGGAGGUGUGUGGGUGGGGUGAGGACGUUGAGGCUGGAGCCGGUGGGGGCGGCGAAGUUGAGGAUGAUGGAUUUGGCGGCGGUGGAUUUGGAGGGGGUGGAUGUGGGUGAGUGA